AUGGUUCUUCGUCACGAGAAACAGGCUGAGGCAGCCAUGGGAAGCAAACAAGGCGUGCAACAACAAGAAGCUGCAGCCUUUGCCGUGAGAGGCAGUGACCAAGACAAUAGCCGAGAUAGCGGCAGAUCCAAUAGCCGUGCCGAGAGUGUCGAAGACAGCAAGCCAAAAUGUGAAAAGUGCAAUAAGAGUCACCUUACCGAGAAUUGCUGCCAGCAUCUAAAGUGCACGUUUUGCGGUUGGAAGGGUCACACCUAUGACACUUGCCGAAGAAGAAAGGCCAUAGCAGAUCGAAACUCCAGGAGUAACCAUGUUGCUUCAAUGUUUGAAGAUGGAAACCCGGUCAACUUCCCUUUCUCAAAGGAAGAAUGCAAGCAGAUUGUUGAUAUGCUGAACAAAAACAAAGCAAGCACCGCAAAUCAUGUUGGUAAUUCUUCUAGCUUUGAAGAACUAUCAGAAUUCCCCUAUGCUGCUAUACACUGUCCUAAUUCUACUAGGGUUACAUCACAAGACUUUGGGCUCUCUAGGGUUUCCAAUGACAUUCGGGUUUCAGGACCAGGUAGGGUUUCUUUUCCACCACAUAACAAUUUGCUUCUGCCACAAGAAAGGGUUUCCGAGACUGCCUUUAGUGUCGAACCACAAACCAUAGAUACUUCCAACAGUUCUCCAACCCUCACCCUACCUUCACCCACUGAUCCAGUGUCAUCAGCUCCGAAUCCUAACCCUACUCUCCUCAUCGAGUCUUCCUCUUCUGCCUCGAAUCCACACACUACUCCUUCUGCUCCUCGUCGCUCUUCCCGUCCUACAAAGCCUCCGACCUUCUUGCAAGACUUUCAUGUCGAGACAGCGCUACCUUCCAGGGCUCUCCCAUCAUCUGCUCCGACGUUAGGUACUACUCGCUCCCUUGCUCAUGUGUUGUCUUAUGAUCGUUUAUCACCUUCUCAUCGUGCUUUUAGCACUCAACUCACCCUCCACAAGGAGCCCACUUCUUAUUCACAGGCAGUACAAGUCCCAGAAUGGCGGACUGCCAUGCAAGCUGAGAUUAAGGCUUUGCAAUCUAACAGAACAUGGAGUUUAGUGCCUUUACCGCCCAAUAAACGUGCUAUCGGUUGCAAAUGGGUUUACAAGCUCAAGUUUAAUUCGGAUGGCACCAUUGAGAGAUACAAAGCUCACCUUGUAGCUAAACGUUAUAGUCAGAUAGUAGGAAUUGAUUAUCGAGAGACCUUUGCACCGGUUGCCAAGCUUACCACCAUGCGUGUCUUACUCGGCCUUGCUUCCAUCAAUGGUUGGCAUUUACAUCAACUUGAUGUCAAUAAUGCCUUCUUGAAUGGAGAUCUUUCUGAGGAAGUCUAUAUGCAUCUUCCUCUUGGAUUUGGAGGAAAGGGGGAGAAUCGAAAUUGCAUACAAGACAUCGAAGACACAAAGACCUUUCUUUCGAACCAAUUCAAGUUGAAGGAUCUUAGGCAGCUUAAGUACUUUCUAGGCAUUGAAGUGGCAAGAUCCAAGAAAGGCUUGGUGUUAUGUCAGCGGAAAUACGCCCUUGAAGUCCUUGAGGAUGCAGGCUACUUGGGUGCAAAACCAUCUCGGUUUCCUGUUGACCAGAACCUCUCCCUCACACAAGCAGAAGGUGAUUUAUUGAAAGAUCCAUCACAAUACAGGAGAUUAGUGGGACGGCUUAUCUAUCUGACCAUCACUCGGCCAGACUUGAGAAAGACCAAAAUGUGCGGCACUGAUCAUAACCCUAACCCUGCAAGCCCUAACAAAACACCCUCAGCCAACGGCAAUGGCACAAGAAGGUCUAGCGUUUCACCUGACACCGUCCUCAAUCUCGAACAGGGUGAUCCAACUGUGUUUGAACCGUACUGGAAAAAGAUGGGGGACAAGUGCACAAUGGUGAUCUCCGGUGGCCAGUGGAUGAGCUAUGUGAGCGAUUUCACCAACAUCUGCUUCUUUUUGGAGCCAGAAUUUGAGGAUGCGGUUAGAAGACUUCACCGGACGGUUGGGAAUGCGGUGGUGGACGGUCAUUACAUUGUGGUGGGGACAGGCUCCACGCAGCUCUACCAGGCGGCGCUGUAUGCUCUCACUUCUCCUGGUGGGGCUGAGCCGAUCAGUGUCGUGUCUGCCGCUCCUUACUACUCGUCAUAUCCAGAUGAGACAGACUAUCUCCGUUCAGGGCUUUACAGAUGGGCAGGUGAUGCAUAUGCCUUUGAUAAGAAGGGACAUGGAGAUUACAUUGAGGUGGUGAACACUCCAAACAACCCAGAUGGUACUAAUCGGAAAGCCGUGGUGAAAAACCGACCAGAUGAUCAAGUUCAAGGGAAGCUUAUUCAUGACCUUGCCUACUAUUGGCCUCAGUACACUCCCAUUACUGCUCCUGUCGAUGAAGACAUUAUGUACUUCACGUUUUCGAAAAGCACCGGACAUGCUGGUUCCCGUAUUGGAUGGGCUAUUGUGAAGGACAAAGAGGUUGCUAAGAAGAUGGCUAAAUUCGUAGAGCUGAGUUCGCUUGGUGUGUCCAAGGACUCUCAGCACCGAGCUGCAAAGAUAAUGGGAGUGAUCUGUGAUGGCUAUCAGAACUGCAAGGCCAAAAACCCUGAGCUAUUCUUUGAGCACUGCCAGAAUCUCAUGACUGAAAGGUGGGAGAGGCUGAGAGAAGUGGUCGAGCGUAUUGACAUUUUCAGUCUGCCCAAGUAUCCGAAAGAGUACUGCCUCUUUUCUGGAGAAUUCAAUGAACCACAUCCAGCAUUUGCGUGGUUGAAGUGCAAGGAAGACAUAGACUUGGAGAAGUUUAUAAGAGGAUGCAUCAAAGUGCAAGGAAGAACUGGGAGGAAGUUUGGGACUGAUCAAAAUUAUCUAAGGAUCAGCAUGCUGAGCAAGGAUGAGGUUUUCGACCACUUCUUGGAGAGAUUGUCAACUAUUAAAGCCAUCAGUAAUGGGCACUAAACCACAGCAUUCUAGCUGAUCAGGAAUAAUCUGAAGCUUUAGUUCUCUAGUUUUAUAGCAACCCUGUGACUCUGUAAGGGUAUUAUGUAUAUUCUAGCUGAGUGAUCAGGAAUAAU